AUGAAUGUAUUGUUUUACAAGCUGUCUCAGAAGGUUGCUGAUAUAAAUGCAAGAAGUUGGACUGGUGAUACAGCCAUAGACCUAGCUGUUAAGGGUCAAAACUGGGGGCUUGUGAAGCUAUUAGUAGAAGGAGGUGCUGCGUGGUAUGAAAUAGAUGAUGAAGGAUAUGAUAGUGGGUGCAUGCAUGAAACAAAAGGAUCUUCAGGGAACACACCUCUCCAUCUUGCUGUCCAACAUCAGAACUGGGCUGUGGCUAAAGAGCUCGUUCAGUGUGGGGCAGAAGUCAAUGAACUUGAUCUUGAAGAUCCUCAGGGUAACACGGCAUUACAAAUUGCAGCAAAACGUAGACUGAUUUACAUUGUAGACUGUCUUAUAGAUAAAGCUGAAAAUCCAAAUGCUAAAGACAGUGAUGGCUUUACUCUCUUGCUGAGAUUAUCACAGAUGCCCUCUAAAAGUUGCUUUUCCCAUUGUUAUGACCUACAGAAGAAAGGUGUUGACAUCAACACCUGCACAACUAAUGGGGAAUCAGCUCUUCACCUUGCAGUCAAAAGCAACAACUGGCCCAUGGUACAUUUUCUGCUGAACAGAGGUGCACUGUUUAAUGUGCAGGAUUUGGAACAGAUGUAUACCAUACAUAGACUAAUAAAAUGUUCUACUUCGGCCUAUUGUGGUAGUGAUGAACUCAGAUUGAUGACACUGUUGACAGACAUGGGACUCUCCAUUGCUAUGCCAGAUUCCUGUGGAAGGACACCAGCAGAACUUGCAUUCAAACAUAAGAAAUGGAAACUUUUGAAAUACCUCUUAGAAUUGGGAGCACAAUUAAAUCCCACUCCUAGUAAAGGAAACUCACUUUUCCAUGAACUUGCUAAACUUGAUUUCAUCAAAAAGGAGGCAGCAGAAGUUACACAUCUCAUUGUUAACCAUGUUUCAGGCAUCAACCUAAAAAACAACGUUGGUGAUACACCUGUCCAUGUGGCUCUCAAUGAAGACAACUGGGACGUUGUAAAAGCCUUUGUGGAACAUGGGGCUGACCCAAACAUACUUGACAGGAAAGGACAGUGUCUCCUUCACAAAUUUGUUACAAAUCUUAAUCAGAAAAUAGUGUUCCCCUUGUAAAGGCUCUAGUGAAGCAUGGUGCAGAGAUAAAUUGGAGAGGACCCAAUGGUAAGACCGCUUUGCAAUUAGCAGCUAGUAACAGUGAGUGGAAAAUGGUUGUAGCCCUCAUUGAAUUAGGUGCUGACUGCAUACUCACUCCUAAG